GGGCGGUGCGAGACGCCUGCCGGACCCCAGGCCUGGAGCUGUGCGCCCCGGUGUCUACGCGUUUGCCCCUACUAACUCAGCUCCAGUGUCCUUUCUGCGGAACGUCGGGCUUCAGGACUCUCUAUUGCCAGCGUAGACGGGUUCCAAGAGUUAAGUCGAGGUGCCUCGGAUAGGCCGGGCCCGCAUCAAUCGACCCACUCCCGUGAGUUUCCACCAGGGGGCGCGAGGACUCCGCGACCAUCAGCAUGUCCACCAGGAGGCGCUGCAGCCCGCCUCGGACUGUCGUGUGUUGCGGAGUGCCACCCAUAAAUUAGCCCCGCCUGACUGGGCGAGGCAGGAGAGAACUAUUUGCAUAAUCUUGAAAGAGCCUUCCUGACUGGUUAGGGUAUAAAAGACGAAUACGAAACGGUGCCUCUCAUUGGCUUUUCUCCUAGCUUUGCGUCCCGCCCUAUCCCUGCCCCUCUGGACCAAGAGUUCAAUCGGAAGCCACUGGAAUUGAAAAUGGGCAUCUAGAGAGGUGCAUCUGGGGACGUAUGUGGCUCUGAGACCCCUUACCACCUGCCUCUCCUCCCACUCAUGGCCAAGCCGGUGGUCCUCGCCACCCUGGCCCCGUUGAUGCUGCCUUGAGAGUCUCUCCAAAGUAGGUCCCCGGAGCUUGGAACAGCAUGGGCACCGAGAAGGAAGAGCCCGACUGUCAAAAACAGUUCCAGGCAGCAGUCAGCGUCAUUCAGAACCUGCCUAAGAAUGGCUCUUACCGCCCCUCCUAUGAAGAGAUGCUGCGAUUCUACAGCUACUACAAGCAGGCUACCAUGGGGCCCUGCCUGGUCCCCCGGCCUGGGUUCUGGGACCCCAUUGGACGUUACAAGUGGGAUGCCUGGAACAGCCUGGGCAAGAUGAGCAGGGAGGAAGCCAUGUCCGCCUACAUCUCUGAGAUGAAGCUGGUGGCGCAGAAGGUGAUUGACACAGUGCCUCUGGGCGAGGUGGCGGAGGAUAUGUUUGGUUAUUUCGAGCCCCUGUACCAGGUGAUCCCUGACAUGCCGAGGCCCCCAGAUACCUUCUUGAGAAGAGUCACAGGUUGGAAAGAACCAGGCGUGCACAGAGACCAUCAGGCUGCUCCAGAGCCUUCUUGUCUCCCCAAGGAGCCAGUACCUCCAAGCCCAGAGUCACAGCCACCCAGAGACUUGGACCUGGAGGUUUUCUGUGACUCUGUGGAACAGCUAGAGCCAGAGUUGGUGAGACUGCCUGUCUUGUCCCCUGUUCCUGCUGAGUCUGAGUUGUCCCACCUCCCCCCUGGGACCUGGGACUCCGCUCAGCAGGUUUGGGCAGAACAGAAGGAAGCAGCUGGCAGAGAGUUCGCCACCAGGAAUAGCCCUGAGUCCCCUGAGGGGUUGGGAGGCGGCCUGAUGGGCCCCCAGGAAUUGGACAGAUGGCUGGUGGGGACAGUCCGGGCCAUGCAGGAGAGCAUGAAGGAUGUUCACAGAAGGCUCCAGAGCCUAGAAAGCAAGCCCCAGCCCCUUGAGCAGCAGAGGUCGCCCAGGACUCGGCCUUGGCUCCUAGGGCUCUCGGCUCCCACCCUGCUCUUCUUUAUCCUGUGGCCCUUCGUCGUCCAGUGGCUCUUCCGACAGUUUCGAACCCAGAAGAGGUGACUCAAGGAUGGGGGUCUCUCUAGCAACUGAGAAGACUAUGAUGAGUCCCCGAAGGUCCUGCUGGGCCCUGAGCCUCCCUAGGUUUAGGAAAACAACUUU